AAUGAACAAGUAUUAUAAGCAGAUGGAGAGUUUAUACAUGAAUAAAAAAUCUAUGACCAUUUCCCUACUAUUUAAUACGUAGAUAAAGGAAUGAAUCACAAAAAACACACACAUUCUAUACAGUCACAGUCCAUUUUCUCUACAUAUAUACACACCAACUUUCAUCUCCAGCUGUAUUUUUGUUUUGUCUUUCCCACAAAUCUCUUUCAUGUCCACUAUAACAUUUUCUUGAUUGAACCAUUUUUCAAGAACUGAACUUCUUCACCAAUUUGAACAUCAUGGGUUCUUCAUUUUCCUUAUUAUUUUCACCCAGUACUGUUGUUACUCAACAAAAAACAAGUCUUGGUGAUUUACCAGAAAGUUGUGUAGCAUUAAUUCUUGUAUAUAUGGACCCUCCACAGAUCUGUAAAUUGUCUAUGCUUAAUACAGAUUUUAGAGCUGCUUCUUCUGCUGAUUUUGUAUGGCAAUCUAAAUUGCCAAUUAAUUAUGCAGAUAUUAUUCAGAGGCUGCAUAAUUUCCCUCAUAAUUUGUGUAAAAGAGAUAUUUUUGCUAGGCUUUCUAGGCCCAAUUCUUUUGAUGGUGGCACUAAGAGAGUUUGGUUAGAUAAGAGGACUGGAAGAGUUUGUAUGUCUAUAUCUUCAAGUGGCUUGGCGAUUACGGGCAUUGAUGAUAGGAGGUAUUGGAGUCGGAUUGAAACAGACGAAUCAAGAUUCAAGUCUGUUGCAUAUCUCCAGCAAAUCUGGUGGUUCGAAGUUGAUGGAGAGGUCGACUUCCCCUUCCCCAUCGGGUCCUAUAGCAUAUUCUUCAGACUGCAAGUAGGACGUGCCUCACGGAAAUUCGGCCGUCGAGUCUGCAACUCCGAUCACGUCCACGGUUGGGACAAGAAGCCGGUGCAUUUUCAGCUCUCGACAUCAGACGGCCAACAAGCUACAACCCAGUGUUACUUGAAUGAACCUGGAAUAUGGAAGUAUCACCAUGUUGGUGACUUUGCUGUAACAAGUUUGGCAAAAGAAAUGAAAGUAAAAUUUUCGAUGACUCAGAUCGAUUGUACACACACUAAAGGUGGACUGUGUGUAGAUUCUGUACUGAUAUGUCCAGUUGAGUUUAAAGAUAGGUUCAAGCAAGGUUUUUGAUUUGCUGAUUACCACUCUCCCUAGAGGAAGUGUUUUGAGAGUUUUGGCUUUUAGCUCUAGUGCUAUCCAUAGUUUUUUGAGUGGUUAGUAUUAAGGAAUAAUCAUAUAUUAUAUACUUUUUUGAGGCAAUUUUGUGUAAAAAAAAAUGUGGACAGUGGACUUUUUAUCAGUUCAUUGUAAUGAGUGGUUAGCAUCUGUCACAUUA